AUGGCCUCUCGAACAAUGUCCAUGACUCCUCAUCCCACUCGCAGAAUGCAAGGUGGGUCAGCUCGCGGCUCAAAUGCGAGAUCGCGGUCCCGACGUGCAUCGACGUCUGUGGGCUAUGCCAACUCUGAGAUCGUCUGUGCAGUCACUGAGUCUCGCGGUCUGUCUCCCGUUGUUGGUCUUGCUUUUGUCGAUAUCUCUACCUGUGAAGCUGUGCUCUGCCAGUUUUCCGACACACAAACAUAUGCUCGCACCUGUCACAAAAUCUCCGUCUAUGGUCCUUCUGAAAUUCUUUACACGCCCAAUGCUGCGGACUCGAAACUCGUCUCUAUCAUACAUGAAAAUCUUGACAUUGACCAAAACGAUAUCUCACUGCACGACGUUGACAGGAAGCAUUGGUCGGAAAGUGCUGGACAUGAUUACCUUGAAUUUCUGGCGUUUCCAGAUGAUCUUGACGCCUUGAAGAUCGCGCUUACAGGCAACCACUGUGCAACAUACUGUUUCUCGGCAGCAAUGAGAUACACUGAGCUCGCACUACACAAGAUAUUUGCUCCAAAGACGUUACGCAUCAGAUUCGAAGCUGCAGAGGGUUCUGUGAUGAUGGACUUGUCCACCAUUAAAUCGCUCGAGCUCGUCCAAAACGUGCAUAACGCAAAGUCCCGAGACUGCCUCUACGGCUUAUUGAACAAUACAUUGACCCCAAUGGGCGCUCGGUUUCUGAGAGUUAACAUUCUUCAACCUUCAACUGACGUCGGGAAGAUCAACAAACGACAAGACGCUAUUGAGGAAUUGUCAAAUGAAGAGCAUAGAGUAUUUGCUCUUCGUGCUGCUCUGAAGUCUUUCGUGGACAGUGAUCGCAUUCUUGCGGCUCUUGUUGUCAUGUCCACGAAACCCGACCUCACCCAUAUGGAACAAUGUGUCAACCACGUACUGAUGCUGAAAACCUUUGUCGACUCUAUUGCACCGAUCUGGCAAGCACUCGGUGGCAGCAAAUGUGAAGAAUUAUCGAAUAUCUACCAGCUGUGUAACCCAGAAAACUAUGCGGGAGUUCAGCGGUUCAUUUCCGAAUCAAUUAACGAGGAUGUCCGUUACUCGACCAAGCCGACAGAUCUUCGUAAUCAGCGAGUGUAUGCUAUUCGUGCCGGUAUCAAUGCUAUGCUAGACGUAGCCCGCCAAACGUACAAAGAGAUCGAUGAAGAUGUCUUCCAAAUGGUCGAGGCGCUGAAAGAUGAACACGGUCUUCAAUGUGCCGAACUCAAGUUCGAUACGGCUCGCUACUACUUCCUACGCAUCAAAUACAAGGACUCCUUGCGACAAGCGCUUCCCGAAAUCUUCAUCAACAUAUUUAACGGGCCCAAGGUCCUAGAAUGCCAGACUCUUGAGCUUGUCAAAAUGAAUCAAAAGCUGCGCAACGCCCACGCCGAUAUCAUACAUGUUGGCGACGGCGCCAUCCGAGAACUCAUCGAGACCGUCCGCUCGGAGUUUCACCCUCUCUUCAAAAUUUCCGAGUCUAUAGCCCUCCUCGACAUGCUUUCGUCGCUCACUCAGGUGAGCGUAUCAAACAACUACAUUCGUCCGGAAAUAACAGACACCCUCGCGCUCAAAGCCUGCCGUCAUCCUCUGCGAGAGAAGAUCCAGGCCGAACGCUUCGUCCCAAAUGACGUGUACGCAACGCGGCAAAAUCGCUUCCAGAUCGUCACAGGCUGCAACAUGAGUGGCAAGAGCACGUAUAUUCGCAGCAUUGCACUGGUGAGUAUCAUGACGCAGCUGGGAUGUUUCGUUCCUGCAAUUUACGCGAGUCUCCCGAUCAUAAGAAACCUUUUCGCCCGUGCUUCGACGGACGAUAGCGUAGAAGCCGACAUUUCUUCGUUUUCGGGCGAAAUGCGCGAAAUGGCCUUCAUUCUACGUACCAUUUCCGAACAGAGCCUCGUCAUCAUUGACGAGCUGUGUCGUGGUACGAGCACGACAGAUGGACUGGCGAUUGCAAUUGCGAUCGCCGAGGCUCUCGUCGAGUCCAAAGCGCUAGUAUGGUUCGUGACGCAUUUCCGUGAUUUGCCUAGAAUCCUAGCCGAGCGUGCAGGCGUUGUCAAUCAGCAUCUCGAAGUUGAAAUCAGCGCCGACAUGUCCAAGAUGAAGAUGCAAUACAAGGUAUCUGACGGUUAUGAGGAUGAAAAGUUCUACGGCCUCGCUUUGGCCAAGGUGGUCGGUCUGCCGGGGCCGGUCAUCGAUGUGGCUGAGAAGGUAUCGCGGCUGUUGAACGAGCGAAACGAGGCUCAGAAACGGAAUCCCGAGGCCACAGCCGAGGCAAGACGCAGGAAGCUGAUUCUUAAUCUGCGCGAACGGCUGGUGCAAGCGAGGGAUAGCUUCACGGCUGGCCAGGCCACAGCGAGUAACCUCCAGGCGUGGUUGAAGAGGUUGCAAAGCGAGUUUGCGUUGAGAAUGAGGGCCAUUGAUAUCGAGAUUGGAGAAAGUAUGAGUAGAGAAGAUACCGCAGACACCACGAUGAGUGAUACAUACACUGACACCACUACCGCUACCAGCGCCGACAACACCACCACCGACAUCGAUACCAAUAUCAACGCCAAUAUCCAGGGCCAUGGCCAACACGAAGACCACCGACUCAGGCCAGGAUCCUCGAUGAUCGAGGGCGGCGGACAAGGCUCUGAUGAUGGCGUGAUGCAAUGCAGCGACCAUAACGGUCAGCAUGCGGAGGAAUCUGUCUCUGCCACGGGCUCUUCGGUAGUAGACGUCGACGCGUACAAUGAAUCGAUCGAGAGGGACGAGGACGAGGUGGAGGUAGAGGUGGAGGAGCACCGCGAAGACGAGCAUGACUCGGACACGACCGUCCACGUCGACCCGCAUGAUGAUGACUAUGUGGACGACAACAACUACGACGGCCACGACCACGACGACGAGGACAUGAUGCUCGAUUUUGACGCAUAUAUCGAGUACGACGACGACGACGACACACUCUGA